AUGAAUUAUGUUUUAUGAACUGGGAAAAAUAUCCUUUGGAAUCUUUGCCAGAAAGUUUCCAUCCAAAUAAACUCAUUGAACUCAUUAUGUGUGCCAGUAGUUUAAAGCAAAUAUGGAAGGGAAUUAAGAUUUCAAAGAUGUUAAAACACAUCAAUCUCAGUUACUCCAAGGACUUGAUCAUGAUCCCUGAUGCCACUGAACUCCCAAAUCUUGAGAAGCUAAUUCUUAAAGAUUGUACAAGUUUGUCUAAGAUUCACCCAUCACUUGGAUAUCUUAAAAAACUUAUGUUAUUGAAUUUGGAUGGUUGUGUAUGUCUUGAAAGUCUUCCAUGCAAGAUCAGCUUGGAAUCUCUUGAAAUUUUUGUUCUUAACGGUUGUUUGAGGUUGAAGAAGUUUCCAGAGAUUGUGGGAAAUAUGUCACACUUAUCACACCUUGUUUUGGAUGGGACUGCUAUAGAAGGACUGCCGUUAUCAAUAAAGCAUUUAAUUGGUCUUACUCUAUUGAAUCUGAGAGACUGCAAAUCCCUUUUAAGUCUUCCUGAUUCCAUUUGUUGUUUGACAUCUCUAAAAACACUCACUCUAUCUGGUUGCUCAAGACUUAACAAAUUGCCAACGAAUCUAGGAAAUCUUGAAUGCCUAGAGAAGCUGGAAGUGAUUGGAAUUGCUAUAAGUGAACUACCAUCAUCAGUGGAGCGUUUAAUUGGCUUGACUUCAUUGAAUCUAAGUGAUUGCAAGGACCUUUUGAGUCUCCCAGAUACCAUUUGUAGUAUGACAAAUCUAAAAGCGCUCACUCUUUCUGGUUGCUCAUCACUUGUAUUGCCAAAGAAGUUGGGGAAUCUCACAGGUUUGAAGGAGCUAGAUGUGAAUAAAACUGCCAUAAGAGAACUACCAUCAUCAUUCGAGCAUUUAUCUAAUCUUACUUCAUUGAAUCUAAGCGAUUGUAAGGAACUUCUGAGUAUUCCAAAUGCCAUUUGUAAUUUUACAAAUAUUGAAACUCUCACUUUAUCUGGCUGCUCAAAACUUGAAGAUUUGCCGGAGAACAUUGGAAAUCUCAUAGGCCUAAAGAAGCUAGAAAUUAUUGGAACUGCUGUGAAAGAGCCACCUUCCUCUAUCUUUCUCAUAAAAAAUCUCAAAGUACUACGUUUUCAUGGAUGUGAAGGGACAUUGUCUAUGCGGAGUCCAAAUCCUGUGCGUUUGGAAGUUCCUUCCCUAUCUUUUUUGCGUUCUUUAGUCAAUCUGGAAUUAAGGAAUUGCAAUCUUCAAGCAGUACCUAAUGAUAUUGACAGAUUGCACCUCUUAAGAAAACUAAAUCUAAGCGAAAAUAAUUUUGUUUGUCUUCCUAAAAGCAUCAUUCGUCUGUCUAAGUUGAAGGAUAUGUAUAUUGAGAAUUGCACUAGUCUUCGAUCUUUGCCACAAAUUCCAUUAUCUAUUCGAAAUAUUUGGGCAAAUGGUUGUACCUCACUAGAAACAUUACCUGAUCAAUUAAAACAGGAAAGCCCUUUUGAGCCGAAUGUCUAUCUUCUCAAUUGCUUCAAAUUGGCUGACAAUCAACGCUUCAGUGACAAGCUUUUAACACUGCUAUCAUCUUACUUUCAGGUACUCUCUCUCUCUCUCUCAAACAUCAUGGUUUUAUGGUUUCAGGAACUCUGUUAUGCUGACUUCUCAAGAGCAAAUAGAUAUGAACUCGUUGUUCCUGGAAAAAAAUUCCCAAAAUUUUUUACCCAUCAAAGUGAGGGGGCUUCAGUGACUCUGGAAGUGCCUCCCAAUUUUGGUGCGAAAUGUUUGGCAAUCGGAAUGUGCGCUGCUUUUGAGUAUCUUCCUUCUGGCCUAGGCGGUUUGUUUGGUAGUGGAUCUCAUGAUAGAACGAGACAUAUGCUUCGUUGUUCCAUUGCGUCCUAUCCAAAUGAUGGAGUUGACAGAUCAACUGCCUCCAAAGCGUGCAUAUUAUUUCCCUUUCCCGAAAAAAUUGGUCAGGUUAAACCAAGUCACCUUUGGCUGAUUUAUGUGCGUAGAGAAUACCUCCAUAGGCUCUUUCACAGGGGGUGCAAAAUUCUGGAGAUUAAAUUUGAUCUUCAGAUUGAUUUUAAAAAAGAAGGUACAGGCUAUUUAUAUUCAUGUGGGUUGGACAAAAUUGAGAAUGGGCUUGAUCGUCCGCGCAAAAUUAAGGGGAAUGGAUUUGAUCAUCAGAUUGAUUUAAAAACAGAAGGUACGAGCUAUGUACAUCCAAAUUGGUUGUGCGUUAAGGAGAAUGAAUUUGAUCAUCGGAUUGGUUUUAAAGCAGAAGGUACUAGCUCUGUGCAUUCAAAUUGGUUGCGCAGAAUUGAGGAGAAUGGAUUUGAUCAUCAGAUUGGUUUUAAAACAGAAGGUACGAGCUAUGUACAUUCAAAUCGGUUGCGCAAAAUUGAGGAGAAUGGAUUUGAUCGUCAGAUUGGUUUUAAAACAGAAGGUACGAGCUAUGUACAUUCAAAUGGGUCGCACAAAAUUGAGGAGAACGAAUUUGAUCAUCAGACUGAAUUUAAAACAGAAAGUACAGGCUUGAAGGUUAACAAAUGCGGGGUCCAUUUUGUAUUUAAGCAAGACAUUGAAGGUCUCAGCCAUACAAAUGAGAUCGAUUUCUUUUCCGAUGGAGAAGGUAGCUUCAGUGAUGAGGCUGGACCUAGUGGAGAAGGUAGCUUCAGAGAUUGUAGUGAAGGUAGCUUCAGUGAUGAGCCUGGACAUAGUGGAGAGGGUAGCUCUAAUGUCAUGACAGGCACAGAGAGGGUAUGGAACCUUAAUCAAAUUUGAAGUCUAAUGCUGCCUUUGGGAAAUUGGUUUUGGAAUUUAUGGCGUUGAUGAUGACUCUGAUUGUCAGGAAUCCAUGUGAAAGUGGGAGCUUUGAUGAAUUUGGAAGCCUAAUAAACUUUUGUAAGUUACCAUCUUUCCCCAUAGUGUUUUUUUUUUUUUUUUUUUGGGUAAUAAAAGAGAGUAUUAUUCAAACAAGAGAAACAUAAGAGGUAUCUUUCCCGCAAGCAUCCACAACUGCUGCAGAAAGAAGAUACUUGUUAUAACAAAAGGAAGACCUGUGAGCAGCAGCAAAUUUUGCUAAACAAUAAGCUGCAUUUUUCUCCAUCUUACAGCUCAGGUUGGUAGCUAUAUGUAUAUACUUGCAUUUCUUUUCCUUUUUGAUCUGUGUCUGGGGCCAUUUUAUUUCAGGAGUUUUGUGUUUCUUGAUGCAAGUUAUUGGACUCUGGGGGAAGAAGUAACUGUCGCAUUGCUAGGACAUGACGAAUUUAAAUCCCUCUAUAUCCAAUGGCAAUUGUUCCAACCUUAUCGCAACACAUCCAAAUCCAAUUGCAUUAACUACGUCAGGAAGCUCCCUUUACGUUGGUCAUUACAUUGAGAAAUCUCAUAUAAGGUGGUCCACAAGAUACUGACAAGUAGUUUCAAACCCACAAUUCAACGAAUAUCAGGAGGCCUUAAGAACCACUUAGCCAUCUCCUUGGGAUCGAGAUAGAUUAUGAAUCUUCAUGUUUGUCAAUACUACAUCAGAGGAACAAUCUAACAUAGCUAUUGAAGCUUCAGUCUGGGAUCUAUGAGGUGCCUGUUCGUACUACAAAGUUUUCUAGAAACUCUCUGCUCCAGGCCAAAAAAAAACAUAGUGCCUAUUGUUGAGAUGAAGUAUCAACCGAAGUCUAAAAAUCCAAAGCCAGUCUACUUCAGACCAUGGCAUUUUAUCUAGGAACUUUUACUGGUUGCAUCUGUCUUGUGGAGAUUACAAGCUGCUGGAGCCGUACAGAACCAUCACAUGCUCUGUUUUGAUGUAAAUUCGAGUUUUUGAUUAAGAAGAAAAUUGGCAAGUUUUUUUGCAAAAUAGCCUUCUCUUUUAACAGAAACUAUAGCUCACUAAAGUCUGUUGUAUUUAGUGAUUCUAGUUAAGCUUAAACCAGCUUGUGAUGCCUGUAAUUGCAAAACUGAAUUUUUUCAACCUAUAUUACCUUUUUCAGUCAAGUUACUAUGUUAA